GAUUUUCCAAGUCAGUUUCAGUACACGAACACAACAAGCUCUCACAACAAGCUCUCUCCUCAAGUGCCUCAAGAAGAAAUUAAGUGUCCACAAUGCCUCUCCUUCAAGAAUUCUCAGGCGUCAAGUGUUGUAACUGCGGCGGAGUGAAGCGGCCCUGGGACAUGUUCCUCCCCAUCACUCUCAGAGGAAGUUUCUUCCAAGACUCGUUCUUCUCCAACUUGCAUCAGCACUUCGAUGCCACCGUCAGGGACAUACUGAACAGAUGGAGCGACUCUGACCUUAAGCUCACCGACCCCUGGGACGACGUCAAUGCCCGCCACACUGACAUCCUUGAUCGUUAUCGCCAGCUUCGCUCCCGCAACCUGAAGGAGGAAAAUCAAGCUGUUGCCGUCACGUCGGAUGACACCAGCCGAAAGGUGGUAAUGGACGUGCAUGACUUCAUGGGCGGAGACGUGAAGGUGAAAGUGGUAGACGAGAAAGACCUCGUAGUGGAGGGCAGUGUGGAGAAGAAAGAGGGAGGCUCCUCAGUGUCCUCGCACUCCUUCAGACGCCGCUUCUCCUUGCCUCGUCUCACUGACUUGUCAGCCAUUGACUCUGUUAUGUCUUCAGACGGUAUUCUCACCAUAACAACGCCUAAAAUUGAAAGCGAACCACAACACAAGACCACCAUCAUCCCCAUCCAGAUGGAGGAAACUCAGAAUAAGAAUGCUAAUGAGGGAGCUUCCACUAAAUCUUACAAAUGUGAACAAUGUAGUCAAAAGCAGACUUCUGUCAAUGGAGGCAAACAGAGAGUAAGUGUUCCUAUCAAGAACUACGAACCACCUUCGGAGGCCAACAAAUCACAGUCGAAACAGAGUCAGAUAACUCAUGAAUCCGCUCAGUCAUCGACUUCCUCCAGAAUGAUUCCCAUCGAAAUCGAGGCAAACGAGGCAAAUGUUAAUGAAAGCAAAGAUACAUUAGGCUUGAAUAAGGAGAGACAGUCAUCAGCUUGCAUGAAUACGGAGAUGGAGUCUGCACCUUGCUUGGAUAAGGAGAUUCAGUCAGUAGCUAGCUUGAAUCAGGAGACGAAGUCAUCGGAAUCCCAGUUAAGAUCCUCAGAGAAUGACAUGAAGUUCCACAUGGAUUCAUUCCCUGGACACUUCUUUCCUAUCACAAGGCGAGGACUCUUCUUCAAUGACUCCUUCUUCCAAGACUCGUGGAAUGACUUCCAGAAGGCCGUGAGGGAGGUGCUGGCCAGGUGGGGAGAGCAGUCAUCGCUGGUCGACGACCUGACUAGUUACAGGAAUCUUCGAAGUCGCGACCUUCGAGAAGAUACUCAGGCUGUCACGUCCUCGGAGGAUGAACAUCAGCAUAAGUUUGUAAUUGAUGUCAAAGAUUUCAUGGAUGGCGGAGAGAUAAACGUGAAAGCUGUGAACGAUCGAGAACUGGUGGUUUCAGGCCACAUCGGCAAGAAUGAGGGCGGCUCGAAGUCCACCAAGCGGUUCCUUCGACGCUUCGUUGUUCCUGGAGACAUUCAGCUUGAUGCCGUUACUUCAGCCGUGUCCUCUGACGGCGUGCUCACUGUUUCUGCUCCGAAGAAGCACUCAACACUCCAGAUAGAGGAGGUCUUUUCCCCCUUAAGCAUCGAAGGAAGUGAGAUGAAGCUGACCAGUCCAAGCACGACCAAAGACAACUCUCAAUCUGAACUUCAAAAUGGUCAGGGAAGUCCUGUGUCCCCUCCGCCCGUGUCAUCAGGCGCCACGGCGUCUCCUGUCGGUCAACAUGCAAUCGUAGAGCAAGUUCCUGACUCUCGAAAUAAGGAAGACUCAUACCUACUCGUGACUGCAGUUCCCGCGAGAGUCGAAGAAGUGCCAGACUCCGCAGAGACCCAACCCCCUUCUUCUUCCGCUCCCUUGAAAACCGCAGGCAAAGAGGGCGUCCCCAAAAGACCAACAUCCUUACCCUUGGGCACAAAGGGGAAGCAAGGCGAGGUCGACUACAAAGCAGCACUCAAGCCGAGACCCAGCGGAGGAAAAUUCCCAAUCAAGAUCAGUGGGACGGUGAUCAACAGUAGCCUAGUAUUCUGUAAAAGAAGUGAUAAUUGUUGUUUGGCUUUCAAGGAAACCCGAUCAGGUUUACGUGAAGCCACGGUUAACAGGUGGUGGAUGUGGAUUUCAAGCAAGAGCAGAGACCACGCGAUGUUGAGCAGAGCCACCCACGUCAUGGCAGCAGCUGAGGUUCUAUUCAUACACUGUGACGAUGUGCCACGUCACACGCUCACUCCUGCCAACAAAGGUACUGUAUAUAGGCAACGCUUCGCUAGGGCACAUUCAGUAGACGAACGGACAUUAUCGCACAACAAGCUCUCUCCUCAAGUGCCUCCACAAGAUACCAUAAUGUCUCUCCUUCAGAGUUUCUCGAGUGGUCAGCCAGUUUAUGAGUCUGGCGUCAAGUGUUGCAACUGCGGCGGCGUGAAGCGGCCCUGGGACAUGUUCCUCCCCAUCACUCUUAGAGGAAGUUUCUUCCAAGACUCGUUCUUCUCCAACUUGCACCAGCACUUCCACGCCACCGUCAGAGACAUACUGAACAGAUGGAGCGACUCUGACCUCAAACUCACCGACUCCUGGGACGACGUCAAUGCCCGCCACACUGACAUCCUUGAUCGUUACCGCCAGCUUCGCUCCAGCAACUUGAAGGAGGAAAAUCAAGCUGUUGCCGUCACGUCGGAUGACACCAGCCAAAAGGUGGUAAUGGACGUGCAUGACUUCAUGGGCGGAGACGUGAAGGUGAAAGUGGUAGGCGAGAAAGACCUCGUGGUGGAGGGCAGUGUGGAGAAGAAAGAGGGAGGCUCCUCAGUGUCCUCGCACUCCUUCAGACGCCGCUUCUCCUUGCCUCGUCUCACUGACUUGUCAGCCAUUGACUCUGUCAUGUCUUCGGAUGGUAUCCUCACCAUUACAUCGCCCAAAAUUGAGAGCGAACCACAGCACAAGACCACCAUCAUCCCCAUCCAGAUGGAGGAAACUCAGAAUAAGAGUGUUAGUGAAGCAGCUUCGUCUGAAGCUUUCAAAUGUGAACAGUGUAGUCAAAUGCAGACUUCUGUCAAUGGAAGCAACCAGGGAGUAAGUGUUCCCAUCAAGAACUACGAGCAACCUUCGGAGGCUAACAAAUCGCAGUCGAAACAGAGUCAGAUCACUCAAGAAUCUGCUCAGUCAUCGACUUCCCCCAGAUUGAUUCCCAUUGAAAUCGAAGCAGAUGAAGGUACAAAUAAAGCUCUCUUGAGUCAGGGGACGCAGUCAUCGGAAUCCCAGCUAAAAUCCUUAGAAAAUGACAAGAUGUUUCAAAUGGAUUCAUUCCCUGGACACUUCUUUCCCAUUACAACACGAGGACUCUUCUUCAAUGACUCGUUCUUCCAAGACUCGUGGAAUGACUUCCAGAAGGCCGUGAGGGAGGUGCUGGCCAGGUGGGGAGAGCAGUCAUCGCUGGUCGACGACCUGACUAGUUACAGGAAUCUUCGAAGUCGCGAUCUUCGAGAAGAUACUCAGGCUGUCACGUCCUCGGAGGAUGAACAUCAGCAUAAGUUUGUAAUUGAUGUCAAAGAUUUCAUGGAUGGCGGAGAGAUAAACGUGAAAGCUGUGAACGAUCGAGAACUGGUGGUUUCAGGCCACAUCGGCAAGAAUGAGGGCGGCUCGAAGUCCACCAAGCGGUUCCUUCGACGCUUUGUUGUUCCUGGAGACAUUCAGCUUGAUGCCGUUACUUCAGCCGUGUCUUCCGAUGGCGUCCUUACUGUUUCUGCUCCGAAGAAACACUCAACACUCCAGAUAGAGGAGGUCUUUUCGCCCUUAAGCAUCGAAGUAAGUGAGAAGAAGCUUAUUAGCCCAGGCACGACUCAAUCUGAACUUCAAAAUGGUCAGGGAAGUCCUGUGGCCCCUCCGCCUAUGUCUUCGGGCGCCACGGCGUCUCCUGUCGGUCAAAAGACUUCCACAGAGCAAAUUCCUGAUUCCCGAGACUUAGAAGACUCGUACCCACACAUGACUGCAGGUCCCGCGAGAAUCGAAGAGGUGCAGGUUCCAACAGAGACACAACCCUCUUCCUUUUCCGCUCCUUUGAAAAGCGUCUCCGCCAGACCAAAGGGAAAGGAAGGCAACGAAGGUGACGAGGAGAAGGUCGAUUAUAAGGCGGCGCUCAAGCCAAGACCCAGCGGAGGGAAAUUCCCAAUCAAAAUCAGUGGGACAGUAAUCAACAGUAAUGCAGUUUAAGAGUGCGAGGAAAAGUUGAUAACAGGAAUGAAAGUGAGUUCGCCGGUACAAAUAUGUGCUUAUGAUUUUCUUACUGUCAAUAUUUGUAUACAGAGUUCUUUGACCAAGGACUUGAAACUGAAUGAGGCAGUUCAGGAUCCCUGUAAAUAAUUCGUUGGUCGCACAAUGCCAAAGAUAUUUUAUGUUAAUUCACUGUUAAUACGUAUACCCAAAAAAUAUAUUUAUAUAUAUAU